AUGUUUCUGCCUCGGGCUCGCCUGGUGGUGAAGGCGGCGCCGGAGCUGCGCGACUGUGCGGAAGCCUGGCGAUUACGCUGGUGCGAGGGUGUUGUUUGGGUCCGUUGCGUGCAGAUCGUAGUGUCUCCGGAGGAGCUUCCACUUGAGCCCACCGCACUCGUUCUGCUGCCUGUUGCUGUGCGCUGGGCCACAGUUUUCUCGUGCAUGUCGACUGUGCUGGUGCGGCUGCAAUCACGAGAACAGUGCGUGGUGUGGAGCAUUGAUGACGCCGGAUGUUUUUUGUUGUUUACUUUGCUUUUUUUGUGGAGUCCACGGAAGUAUUGUUUGAG